CAAAAUAAAAGGAUGAUUUUUUGGGGCAUAAAGUCUUUCAGUUAAUACAUAAUGCAAUUGAAGAUCCUAGUGUCCGAGCACUGAUAACUUAGAGCGGCUGAUGUCGGACUGUUCCUGAAUUUAUGGAAAUAGUCCCGCAAAAGGUGAAAAUAGAAAAAGGUUGACCAAACGUGGCACAUUGUUUUGAGGGAAGGGGCAUUAGGCAGCUGAAAUAGGUCCUCCAGUCUAAGAUGGGAUUAGCGGUGCAGCUCCGCAGAGUGCCAAGGCGUUCCUCUUUUAACCUUACGCCACAGAGUGAUGCUGAGGGGAGACGGGGCCGCGCUGGGGUCGUGAUGCUCUCGUGGCGACGGGAGGAGAGGAACCUCGUGAUGAAGGUUCCUCAGCCUGACGAGUCGGCCCUAAUCCCCUUCGUUACUACUCAUCAAGUGGCUUGCGUCCCUUUCAUUUUGCACUGCACGCAGUCCAUUCAAAAAGCCACAUUAUGUUUUGGAUAGCAUAAUUUCACUCAAUUUCAAUCUAUCUGUCCGAAUCUAAAGCUGACAUAUGAAUCCAAUGUGUUCCUGAUAGAAGAACUUUCCCCCUUAUCUAUGUGAGACGGGCCUUUAGUUUUUACCAGCCGUUAUAGGUGUUAUCGGUACACCGAUUCCAUUCCACAUCCACAAAUUCUAUGCUUAGGGUAGAUUAUUGAGCCACUGAAGUAUAUUUUCAGGAGAUCACUUCAUUGUAAAGAAGCUAUGUUUGUGUCACUGAACAGUGGUCAUGUGCACGAGUAAACGCAAAAAGUACUGCAGUGCAUUUAAAAAUGUGUAAAAGUCCAAAAGUGCUCUCAUUGUGCAAAUCAGCAUCAUAAUGCUACUCAGAUGUAUGCAAGCUGGUUGGGGUGAAGCUCUUUUACUUAUUUAGUGCUGUUAGGGAGUUGUGUAUAUCAAAAGCAUCAUAUGUUAUAAAGUUAUCAUAGUUUGGGGGUAAAAUCGGAAUCCGAGAAACUAGUAAUUAAUAUAGGGUAGUGUAAAGUUGUACAUUUUACUCUAGAAUAGCACAUAUCAAGCCCAAAUUUUACUGCACUUGAGUAAAUGCAAUUAGUUUUUAUUUCCACUAGUGUCAGUCAAUACAUCUCUUACGGUAAAGAAAAUGUGUCCGAUUGAAAGUAUGUACAAUAAUAAUAUUUAAUAUAUAAAAUGCAUUAUUAUCAUGUGUCAUUGUGAUACGAUAUAUAUGUGGCGGCAGGCGUAGUCGUGGCCUUGGUUUAUCUCCGAAAUAACAAUUACGUAUAGAAAUAUCCCACAUGUAUGCAGGUGUGUGUCUGUAUGGUAACACAUAUUAGUGUUGUGUUUUUUUUUGAAUGUGCUAUGAUGAAAGAUAGAAUCUGAGGGUCGAAUCUGUGUACAUCUGGUGUGUGUGUGUGUGUGUGUGUGUGUGUGUGGCGAGCCGUGCACAGUGAUGGACAGGUGGGUCGGGACUCCUCCCCUCGUCCGAUCUGGGAUCGGUCCGCUCCCUCUCCUCUCCCUCCUCGACGCGCGGAGCCGCCGCUUGGCACAAACCAUGGACGGCUGCCGUCGAUCUAUUGGAUGACAUCGCGCUCGGGAAUAUUUUUUAAAACAAAAAAAAAAAACACAACCAAAAACGUCGCACUGUGAUUUCUGAUUUUUUUUUUUUUUUUUUUUCUGAGAUGGAAUUAGCGGCAGGCAUCGAGAGGGCAGCGGCUCGUCGGCUGGGCUCGGACCGCUCGGUGUGAGGGAGGCGCCGGACAGCCGAGACACGACGACAUGGCCGAGGUCUGCAGCGAGGGGCCCCUCUCGACCAGGCAGCGGUUGUCCACCAUCACACCCGUGGACGAGCUCGUGGCCGCUGAAAAUGGCGACAGCAGAGCUCACUCCCUGUGCGAAGACAUCUCUGAGAGGUCAACGUCUCCCGGGUCCCACAGACACUCGUUCACAGGUGUUCAGGCGGUGGCCAGGCUCUCUUACUUCUUCUUCAUGCUGCGAAACUGGGUGUCGCACAGAAUGAACCCCGCAGCCGAGCGGCACGACUCGUUCCUGGAUCGCUUCAGAGGCCCCGAGCUCAAAGACGCCGCCAGUCGAGAGAGCAACUCCCAGUCUGCGGGUCACGGCGACUCAACCCGCAAGAGGAAUCUUGCCAGUAAAUGGCCGCUCGCUACUUACAACAUGAAUAACUGCAACAACACAGACGACAAAAAAGAGGACAAGAAAGAGGAGAUAAAAAAAGAGGAGAAAAAGGAGGAGGGGAAAGACGAGAAGAAAGACGGGGACAAGAAGGAAGAGGAGAAGAAGGACGAGAAGAAGGACGAGAAGAAAGAUGAGAAGAAAGAUGAGAAGAAGAAGGAUGAUAAAAAGAAAGAGGAGCCCCCGAAAGAAAUCUGGAUCAUGGAUCCUGCCGCGGACCAGUACUACAAAUGGCUGACCGUCAUCGCAGGCCCAGUAUUUUAUAACCUAAUGAUGAUCGUAACGAGAGCCUGUUUCAAUGAACUCCAGGACACGUACACAAAACUCUGGAUAUUCUUGGACUACGGCGCAGACUUCGUCUACUACCUAGACACAUUUGUCAGAGCAAGAACAGGUUACUUGGAACAAGGCCUGUUGGUAAAAGACUCCAAGAAACUAAGAGAUAAAUACAGAACGACGUCUCAGUUCAAGUAUGACAUGAUUUCAAUGAUACCCACUGAUCUGCUCUUUCUGAAAUUUGGAUACAACAACCCAGAGUUCAGGUUCAACCGGCUCUGCAAAUUGCCGAGGCUCUUUGAGUUCUUCGAGCGGACUGAAACCCGAACCAGCUUCCCGAACAUGUUUCGAAUCAGCAAUCUCGUGCUUUACAUCCUCGUCAUUAUCCACUGGAAUGCUUGCAUGUUCUUCGCCAUUUCAAAAACCAUCGGUUUCGGAACGGACACUUGGGUGUAUCCCAACAUCAGCCACCCGGAGCACGGCCGCUUGGCCAGGAAGUACAUCUACUCCCUGUACUGGUCAACACUGACCCUGACCACCAUCGGAGAGACCCCGGCGCCAGUCAGGGACGUUGAAUUCCUCUUCGUCAUUGCCGACUUCCUCACCGGUGUCCUGAUCUUCGCCAGUAUCGUCGGUAACGUCGGUGCCAUGAUCUCCAACAUGAACGCCUCCCGCGCCGAGUUCCAGGCAAAGAUCGACUCCAUAAAGCAGUACAUGCAGUUUCGAAAGGUCACCAAAGACCUGGAGGCCAGGGUCAUCAAGUGGUUCGACUACCUCUGGACCGAGAAGAAGACGUGCGACGAGAAGGAAGUGCUGAAGAACCUGCCCGACAAGCUCAAGGCCGAGAUCGCCAUCAACGUCCAUUUGGACACGCUGAAGAAAGUGCGCAUUUUCCAGGAUUGUGAAGCGGGCCUUCUGAUUGAGCUGGUGCUCAAGCUGCAGCCGCAGGUGUUCAGUCCGGGAGAUUACAUCUGCAAGAAGGGCGACAUCGGCAGGGAGAUGUACAUCAUCAAGGAAGGGAAGCUUGCUGUGGUGGCCGACGACGGAGUCACGCAGUUCGUGGUGCUCAGCGACGGCGCCUACUUUGGGGAAAUCAGUAUCCUGGGGAUCAAGGGCAGUAAGGCAGGCAACAGGAGAACUGCCAACAUCCGGAGCGUGGGCUAUUCCGACCUCUUUGCCCUAUCCAAGGACGACUUGAUGGAAGCGCUCACCGAGUAUCCAGACGCCAAGAAGGCUUUGGAGGAGAAGGGGAAAGCCAUCCUGAUGAAAGACAACCUCAUCGACGAGGCGGUGGCCAACGCCGGCGCCGACCCCAAAGACCUGGAGGAGAAGAUCACCAAACUACAGGGCAACCUGGACAUGAUGCAGACCAAGUUUGCCCAGCUGAUGGCGCAGUUCACCUCCGGCCAGACGCGGAUGAAGCAGAGGAUCACGGAGAUGGAGAGCAAGGUGAAAUCGGUACAACCGGGGGAUCUCUCUGAAGUGGUGGCCGACAAGGACAAAAAGGUCCAGUAGCGUGGGAGACACCCCAGGACUUUACAGUUUCCAUUCAGCAUAGUACAGUGACACUUUUCAAGUUGUUUAUAUGUAUUUAUACAUUACGUUUAUCAUCUCAUCUUCAUCUGAUUGUGUCAAAUUGUGUACAGCGUAUGUAUUUUGUGUGCAUGCUAUGAUCGACAGCCACGUUGUCACGCUCCAGUAUGUUGACCAGAAGCACCCAUGUAUGCAAAAAAAAUAUGGCUUUUCAUAGCCUUAGAAUAAUGAGGAUUGUUUUCUUCUCCUGAUCAGUAAUGAUGUUUCCCCCCAGAAAAUAUGUUCUAAAGUAUGGAAGAAACUCAAUAUUACAACUUCAACAUCCAUUUGAUGCCGUUUAUGAAUGUACAACAAUAAAAUCCAAAUGACACUUCUAUUUGUAAGAUAUCACCAGCAUACACUAUCCGUUGUAAAUCUGCAAUGUCAAUGUUGUUAAUGUGAAUAAACAUGUUCAUAUAAUAAAUAUGACACACCGUA